CCCACCGCAAGAGUAGUUUAGCUGCGCUGCUGCGUAAGAGAACACGUUAUUCUGCUUCAGAAGACGAUUUCGAGAAAAUGGCAAGAACCAAGCAGACGGCGCGUAAAUCCACCGGCGGCAAAGCCCCGAGGAAGCAGCUCGCUACUAAAGCCGCCCGUAAGAGCGCUCCGGCCACCGGCGGCGUCAAGAAGCCUCACCGCUACAGGCCCGGCACCGUGGCUCUGCGAGAGAUCCGUCGCUAUCAGAAGUCCACCGAGCUGCUGAUCCGCAAGCUGCCCUUCCAGCGUCUGGUGCGAGAAAUCGCUCAGGACUUCAAGACGGACCUGCGCUUCCAGAGCUCCGCUGUCAUGGCCCUGCAGGAGGCCAGCGAGGCUUAUUUGGUCGGUCUGUUUGAGGACACCAACCUGUGCGCCAUCCACGCCAAGAGAGUCACCAUCAUGCCCAAAGACAUCCAGCUGGCGCGCCGCAUCCGCGGAGAGCGCGCUUAAACGCCUGAUUUCAUAAGUCUUUAAACCCCAAAGGCUCUUUUCAGAGCCACCUAAAUGCGUCUAAAAAAGUAGAAUUUCCUUUAUCUCUGUAAAACAUGCUGUGAGCCCACUCAAACUCUCAUCUGCUU